AUGUCGGUCAAGAGGAGGAGAGACUCUCCGGACAGAUACGCGGACGAAGACCUUGAGGACUCGCCGGACGAGGGCACGACAUCGCCCCCCACGAAGACAAAGGCGAAGGCGGCUGCCCCCGCUGCCAGCAGCAGCAAGAAGAAGAAAGAAGAGCCUUCCACAUCCACUGAAGCCAAGGCCAACGAGUGGGAGAUCGGUUCCAAGAGGAGAGUGACAGUGUCCAAGUUCCGGAAUCAGCUUAAGAUCGAUAUCCGGGAGUACUACGAGAAGGAUGGUGAGCUGCUACCUGGGCGGAAGGGCAUCUCGCUCAACGAGCAACAGUGGCAGAACCUGAAGGACAUCAUCAGCGAGGUGGAUGCCGCGCUUGGCAAGUGA